AGAUGCUUUAGAAGCAAAAUGUCCUAGAAUGCUGAACUUCAAUGCACCACUCCUCUCAACAAGGCGUCCCGGAAAAUCCAGGAACACUAGAUUACAUGGCAGGUCGUUGAGUGCGAGUGAAGAAAGAGUUCCCUUUUCGUGGGAACAAGCUCCCGGCAAGUCCAAGUAUCCGAACACCACUGACGAUAGCCAUGACGGCGACACACCCCGGCCGAAGCUGCCACCAGGCUGGUGGCACUGGCACCGGCCUCUUCAAUCAACAAACAUUGUUGUUCCGGACAAAGAGAAUGAUCAGGAACUUCAUGACCGCGAUGAGGGAUGUGAUGCUGAUAUUGAUGAUGAUGUUGGUGCAGUUGACUACAAUCAUGUAGAUGAUGUUGAUCUCGACGAUGAAGCCUUCUCCGAUGCCAUUGACGUGUUCUCAUUGUCAGAGGCUAUAGACAUUGUGGAAAAGAAAGCACAAAGAGAACAUGAUCACUUGGAUGCUCUGAAGUUGAAGCUCGCAGAGUCCAAUGAGAUGAACCAACUCUCUCCAAACUUCAUAAUCGAACGCUUUCUUCCAGACGCUGCUGCACUGGCUGCAUCAUCUGCUCUAAAUCUAAGUGCACCACAGAACAAUUCAAACCAGGAAUUUUGUUAUCCGUGGAACUACCCUGAACCGGAGGCUUUCGUGUCAAGAACCAUCGGGCAAUCUCCACCUAAAGGUUGUGGUUUCUUCCCAUGGCGCAUGAAGCAGCACAAGCUUUGUGGUAUAAAGAGCCCUGUAGUGUGUUCACAACAACCUCAUUCUAUUGUAAAACACAAAAAACAUUAG